AUGUCUUCCGUGAGUCCCCUCGAGGGGGCUUGUGUGGAAAGGCGGCAGGGCGGGGCGUCGUUGCCGAGGCCGGAAUUGGUGGAGCAGAUUGAUGCAGGAAAAUGUGGACAGUCAGGCCGGUUUUUGAGUGCGGCGACACAAGGAACGGAGCAGCUACCAUACGUGCUGAGCUCCGCGAGCACGUGCGCCGUCCCACUUUCGGAGGCGUUGGAGCCUGCGCUUCACGCUACGGUGGAGGCGUUAGCCACUAGUGCGGCGGAGGCCGAGAGCGACCUCAUCAACGCCUGCGCUCCCCCCCCCACUCACUGA